UGUAUAAAUUUUAUUGGUAUAUAGAAUUUCCACUGUUUUUUGUGGAAAAACUUGUUCGCGUGGUUUCCUCGUGCUCGCUUCUGUUCUUCUCAAACCCUCCCCGUGGUUACAGCUUAGGAUGCCCCUUUAAUCACUGGAUAAAUGACUUGCCACUUGUCAUUUUUGUAUGGUUAAGCUUUUCUGAGUUGAUGUCUGAUUUUGCUUUUACCCUAUGUACUCGCUAGGGCUGUUCAUGGGACCCUCCGGUUGACCUCAAAGUCCUUGCUAUGUGGAUAAAUUAGCUCUAUUAUUUAUAAAUUUGUGAAGCAUUGGAGAUGCUCACACAGAACAAUGUCUUCUGAGAUGUGUUUUUUCAGGGCCUGAAAAUUGCAGAUUUUUUUGGGGACGAGCUGGGAACACAGUAAAGAUUCAAAAGCCAAAAGAUCGCACUGAAAGGUAAAACAUUAAUCAGGGCCAUGGCGAUGAAGAUGAAGGUGGCGCAACUGCAUAUUGUGCUAUUAUUGUGUGCCUUUUUGGGAGGCAGCAGGGCGAGAAAUGUGACUGAGGACGAACUACUGCAGGUAGCCUCGUCUCUCAAGAUGUUUGUGGACGAGCUUCCGGACAUGCCCAGGCUCCAAGGAUUCGUUCCCCAGGGCCAAGAUUUCAAGCCUGCGGAGCUUCGCAUUGGCAUGUUCGAGAAAAAAUGGAAAUUUCACAGAGACCUUCCGGCCACGACCGUGUUCGCAUAUGGAACAUCGAAAGCUGGUGCCACGGUGCCCGGUCCUACGAUCGAAACCCUGCAAGACGUAGAGACGCUUGUAACAUGGGAGAAUCACCUGCCUUCUCGGCAUAUUUUGCCCUGGGACUCUUCCGUUAUGAGCGCCAUUUCUAAAAAUGGCGGAAUCCCGACAGUUGUGCAUCUUCACGGCGGAAUUCACGAGCCCGAGAGCGACGGAAACUCGCUCGGCUGGUUUACAGCAGGGUUUAAUCAGACUGGCCCGGCCUGGAAGAAGCCUGCAUACCAUUACAGUAAUGUUCAGCAUCCAGGUAACCUUUGGUACCAUGACCAUGCCUUGGGGCUUACCAGAGUUAAUAUCUUGUCCGGACUUCUUGGCGCUUACGUUGUUUCCAACCCCGAUGUGGAAAAGCAUCUCAACCUGCCCACUGGUCGUCGAUAUGACCGUCAUCUUGUCGUCUUCGACCGGAGCUUCGCCCGUGAUGGAUCUCUUUACAUGAACAACACCGGCAACAACCCGUCGAUUCAUCCCCAGUGGCAGCCAGAGUACUUCGGAGAUGCCAUAAUAGUGAACGGCAAGGCUUGGCCUUUCUUGAAGGUCAAGAGACGAAAAUACCGCUUCAGAAUCAUAAAUGCCAGCAAUGCUCGGUUCUACAAUUUUGCGUUAAAUAAUGGACUUUCUAUCAUCCAAAUAGGCUCAGACUCUGCAUACUUGCAUAGACCUGUGAUCGUGGAUUUUUUGCUGCUUGCGCCCUCAGAAAUUGCAGACAUUAUCAUCGAUUUCAGCAAUUCAACCACAAAUGAAGCAAUUCUCACAAACAGUGCAGUGUAUCCUUAUCCUUCCGGGGAUCCAGUUGAUGAUCUCAACAGCAAAAUAAUGAAAUUCAUCAUUGAAAAUGCAGUGACGAAGGAUCCAAGCCAUAUACCGAAAAGGCUGAUACGGUACAGUAAGCCUGCGGAGGAGAAAAUAGCGCAGACACGCUAUAUUGCCAUGUACGAGUAUGAAAGCGCUACAGGCGAGCCGACUCAUUUGUUCAUGAACGGUAUGCCGUACAGUGCUCCGGCUACAGAGACUCCAAAACAGGGCACCAGCGAAAUAUGGCAUGUAAUCAAUCUCACAGAGGAUAAUCAUCCCCUUCAUAUUCAUUUAGGUUUGUUCGUCGUCAUCAAGCAGACAAAGCUUCUGAAUCUGGACGAGUUCAGUGAUUGCAUGACCCAGAAAAAUGAUGCAGUCAAGUGCGAUAUACAGAAGUAUGCCAAAGGCAGAAGCUUUGCUGCUCCUCCUAAUGAAAGAACUUGGAAGAAUGUGUUCAAGAUGCGCCCUGGAUUCAUGACUACAAUUCUUGUCAAAUUUUCUUUCAUCCAUUCUAACGAAUCUUAUCCCUUUAAUGCCACUGCUGAACCAGGCUAUGUCUAUCAUUGUCAUAUUUUGGAUCACGAAGACAACGAGAUGAUGCGGCCAUUAAAGAUGAUUUCCUGAACAGACAGAAAAUAGAUCACUGAUUAUAUGUUUGUCUACUCUAAAGUAAAUAAUUGAUUACUGUUGCUCAAGGAGUUGUAUAUCAGAGUCCUUGGUGCUUAUAUAUUAUAUAAUCUUUCAAAUUUCGAGUCAUAAUCUCUUUCUUUCACAUCCAAAAAAGAGUAAGAAGCAUAGAUUUGUUCCCUCUACUGUAUUAUUCAUAUUUAGUGUGAAGUUUUCUGCUCUUUUCCCUUCCAUUUAAAGUUCUUUCCUGGUAUGUUUGGAUCCAAGUUUACCAGUGAAAGCCUUUGGUUCAGUGUUUCAGAAAUUUUAAUGGAGGCGGCGAAAUUUAAUCACCA